AUGGCCUGCCUGUACGACGAGGACCUCCACAUCAUCGGAAUCCAGGAGGCCAGGACGCCCUGGGGCGCGCGCGACGCAGGACAGGAUGACGAUGCCAGAUGCGCCAACGCCAACAGCUACCACAUCAUCUCUAGCGGCCACAUGGGAUUCAACUACGGCUGCGAGCUGCACGUCCUGCUCAGCAAGCCUUACGGCAAGAGCGGCAAGAAGGAGCUCUACUUUAAAACCGACAACCAGUUCACCGCCAUCGAAAAGGACCCCCGGCUCCUUAUCGUCCGCGUCACUGCCCCUGGCUUCAACCACGUGCUUGCCGUCGCCCACGCCCCGCAUUCGAAGGCCCUCGAGACCGAAAAGACCACCGAACAGUACCAAGUGAGCAUCAUCUUCUUCGACGCAAGCGCCAGGACAGGUAACAUCACCAGCACGGCCAUUGGCGACCAGGGCUUCAAGCAAAACGAGGAUCCCGACGGCCGCCGCCUCCACGAGCUUCUCCUGCCCAACCACCUAGCGGCCGCCAAUGCCUUCGUCAGCCACGGACCCGAGCACUACACCUGGCACUCGGGCAAGGACCCCCACCGCAUCGACUACGUCAUCAUCCCCAAGAGCUACAUCGACUCAAUCGAAGGGUGCUCCGUGCUCUGCGGCAUCGACGGCGGCCAGGACCCAGAAACCAAAGACGACCACUACCCCGUCAAGCUGCAGCUCGCCUAUCAGAUCGUCUCGUCCGUCACCAAAGGCGUCCAGAAGCUAGACGACAGCAAGCUUGCCGACGAAGAAUGCCGCGCAAAGUUCAGCCAGAAGCUCAACGCAGUCCAACACCCGUCGUGGGACACCAACCUCAACGAGCACCUCGCUACAGUCGCCGAGAAGAUUACGGGGGCCGCAUGCGAGUGCUUCCGCUCCCACGGCCGCACCCCACGCAAGCCCUACAUCACCAAGCUACGCUACACGGCCAAGCUCAUUGCGAAGGAGGCUCUGCUGCCAGACCCCGCCGACGUGGGAUUCUCGGCCGACCUCAGCGACUACGCGAAACUAGUGGCGGCCUCCCUCGCACUCAGCACUCCCAGCCUAGCGGCCAGCGCCGAGGCAACCGACGCAGCCAGCACCGUGGAUAGCGCCCAGCACUACUUCGACGCCCUCGUUCAAUUCCUCAGGACACCCAAGCCUAUCCUCCAGAAGUGGAUCACGAGAGAGCGCGACGCCUUCCUCGAGAUGACCGCCGGCGAGAUGGGCACCGCCAUCGACGACCACGCCCCUCGAGAGGAGGCCUUGCGCGCCGGGCGACUCCUGGACUUCGGAGGACGGAAGCCCAAGAAGCCGCCGACGCCCACCAUCCGCACCAACGACGACGGAAAGCCCCUCACGACGAAGAGCGAGAUUGCCGACCACGCCCUGGCCUGCUACGGCAAAAUUGAGCAGGCCAUAGCCACGGAUGCCGACGGGGUAGCCGCCGACUACAACAAGAGGACCUGCCACGAGGGGCCAGCACCGAAUAUCCAGAACAUAAUACCCAAGCACCAGCUGACCAGUCAGCUUGCCGCCGCCGAGCGAGGACGCCGAGGCGGCCCCGACCCGCUCACCGACGACAUGUCCAGAAGUGACCCCGAAGGGAUGGCUCGUCUGCCCCACCCCGUCCAAGUCAAGAUCCACUUCGAGAGCGCCGAGCCAAUCGCCGCCAAGGGCGGGUACUCCACGUACUUCCACAUGGGCCAGGGGGCCAUGGAGCAGCAGAAAUCCUAUCGCGGCAUCCUGUUCAAUAACACCAUCGGCAAGAUGCAUAGCAGCUUCCUCCGCUCCCGCGCAAAGGGCCUGCUACCCGAGCUCCUAGAAGCGACCCAGCGCGGCGCCCGACCCCAGAUGGCAACGGACUUCAUCACCCACACCAGCCUGGCCUUCAUCAGCGACUGCCAAAGGAGGUCACGAUCCUGCAGCAUCACCUUCCUGGACCUUAGGGAGGCCUUCCACUCAGUCAUCAGGGAGUUCUGCAUGCAGCUGCCGACCUCCGCUGACGAGCUCAACGACCUCAUCGAAAGCAUCGACAUCCCUGGCUUUCUCAGACCAGCGCUAAAGGAACGACUCCAGCAGCCUGCUUACAAUAACCAGCACAUCGACGACGAGCACCUCUGCCACAUGAUCGCAGAUCACCACACCUCCAACUGGAUGACGGCCAAGAGCGCCAAGGACUACCAGCUGCCUCGGACCAGCACCCGACCUGGAGUGCCGUACUCAGACGUCGCCUUCAACAUCCACUUCGCCAUGAUCGACCAGGCUGCCCCAGCGGAAGAGGCCCACGGCCAGCCGACAGGUGGUCGCGAGAUCGAGGCCUGCAGCGACCCACUCUUCUCGGCGACCCCUCGCGACGGAAGCGCGCUCAGGCUCUGCACGGCGGCGUUCCAGCACGGCCUGAAGCCGCGCCCCGACAAGACCAAGGCCAUCCUCAUGCACUACGGCGCGGGAGCAACGAAGGAGAAACAGCAAAUCGCCAAGGGGGGCGCCGCCUACCUCGAGCUGGACGGCCGAUCGAUCAAGGUGCAGCUAGUAAUGCAGCUGAUCGCCCGUGGUGCCAUCAUCGCGGCGGGCGGGGUCAUGGGGCCCGAAAUGUGCUCAAGAGUCAACCGCGCGCUCGGAGCAGCCCGGCCUCUCGAGAAGCAGAUCCUCCGCCGCAAGAAGCUCCCGAAGAAAGCCGAGGUGAAGUACGUCCACUCGGUCUCGACCUCCUCGCUGACAUGCAACCACCUCGUGUGGAGCGAUUUGACUCAGAAGGACCUAAAGCACAUAGCCGCCAAGUACAUGGGACCAUGCCGCGUGGCUGCCUCGAUGCCCAAGACCAACUCGCCCGAUCAGCGCAUCGCCGAAGCCGAUGCGAUCGCCAGGACAGGCGUACCCGACUUCAGCCCCCACCAGACGGCAGCACGAUUACGAUACCUACCACGACUUCUGAACCACGCUCCCGCAGUACGACUCCAGCUUCUCGACGGCCAGCGUCAACGAAAGGGCACCGGGAGCCGCCAGCUGAAGAAAGACUUCGACUUCCUCCGAAAGUACCUUCCAAAAGAAAGGUGGCCCAGCCAAACCCAGCACGACCGCGACGUCAUCAACUGGGCCCGACAGGAGCCGAAGCUCUUAACCAACGCGGUCAAGGCAGCGGUGAAGGCCCACAUACCCCACACGCGCGACCAGGCUCAGAACGCCAAGAUCCAGAAGGACAUUCAGAUGAUCCCAGCAGCGGCCCCCACAGACGAGUUCGACCACCGCGACGACACCAACAAUCAGAAGUACGUCUGCUACGCCUGCGGCCGCGUCGCCACCAGGCAAGGCUCAUCAAGCACCCCAUCGGUGGCCCACCGCUGCCGCAAAUCCUGGCACGCCUGGCACCUCCAGACGUUGGAGCCCCUGACGGAGCAGCAGAUCGCAGCGAACUUCAACGCCAUCGCCGAGGCCACGAAUACUAACAAGAAGCAAGGACGCCACCCGACCUUCAGCUACAAGCCAGCCCGCCCGUGCGAUGUCACGCCGCUGCCGCUCCUGGAGACGUCGCCCGCUGCGCCGAAAGUAUUCGCCAGCCUCGAGUCCUCGCCAAGAGGGCCACCCGUGAGCUCGCCUGCUGGACCAGCCGAGCGCCAAGGGGUCGUCUUCAUCACCGACCGCCCUCGACAGGCCACUGACCUCCAGCAGAUCAUGGCCAACAGCGGGAUCACGUGCAUCAGCGGCCUGGGCUACAGCCUGAUCGCAAUCCACAGCGAUGGCCAGUCUCCAGAUCCAAUACUAGAAAUUCGGCGGGUACAACGAAAGAUCCUGCACGGCGAGGUCGCGGCCAUCUGCGCAGAGUUCCCACGACGGACCUGGUGCCGACAAGACACCAGCGACGUUCUGGGCAUCAGAGCCAGUAGGCGGCGCACCCCUGAGGCCCCCUGGGGGCUGCCAGAAAAGCCCGAUACUCUCGCCGACGAGAUCUUCGCUGCCAGCGGCGUUACCAGAGAGGUCCUGCGGAUGCCCUUCGCGGCGGCCACCGCCCGCGUCCCCUUCGUCGCCGCCAUCGCGGCCGAGUCGACCUGCAGGCAGACUCCCGAAUGCCAGCGCAUGGCCGAGCAGACGACGGCUAACGAGACCUCGACACAACACUAUGACCUCGGCGCCACACAGAUCCUCGACAACGGCACCCGCGACGACCCCCGCAACAGACUGACCACAGCAAACGCGGAGGAGAUCGAUGUUGCCAUCGCCGACCUGCUCGACUGCAACAUCGUGGCUAGGUCGGACGCCCAUCAGCUCGCGAGCAAAGGAGGGGCGUCCGUCGCAAAGGAAUUCGUGGAGGACCAGUUCGGCGCCCACCUGAGGUUGACGGACUGA